AGCCAUCACAAGUAAGUUGCUCUUCCCGGCAAAUAGACAAACUAUGCCAGCCAAAAUUACCCUAAAGGUUCUCCUGCUCCUUUCGAUUUCGAAAGCGGCUCUUGGGCAGUCCGAUUGCUCCGACUGCUCCUUGACAAAUGAACAAUAUGCGUGUGUCAGUGAGACUGCCUAUGGGCUUUGCUUUGAUCAAGGCACCGUGGACGAAAAUGCGGUCCACAACUGCCGCGAUGGGUACUACUGCGUUCUUGAGGGAUUCUGUGCACCCAUGGCCUCAGCAGAACCGGCUUGUAUCACAGUCACUUCUACGACCACAACGGAUAUAGUAACAGAAACUACAGAGUCAACAGUAACCACUGCAGCUGAAAACACCGAUUUUACAGAUUCUACUACUUCUGAAAUUAUUACCGAAUCUAGUACAGAUUCUACUACUUCUGAGCCUACUACCGCCGAAUCGAGCACAGAUUCUACUACUUCUGAAAUUAGUACCGAAUCCAGUACAGAUUCUACUACUUCAGAAAUUAUUACCGAAUCCAGUACAGAUUCUACUACUUCUGAAAUUAGUACCGAAUCCACUACAGAUUCUACUACUUCUGAAAUUAGUACCGAAUCUAGUACAGAUUCAACUACUUCUGAAAUUAGUACGGAAUCCACUACUGAUUCUACUACUUCUGAGCUUACUACCGAAUCGAGCACUGAUUCUACUACUUCUGAAAUUAGUACCGAAUCUAGUACAGAUUCUACUACUUCAGAAAUUAGUACCGAAUCCACUACAGAUUCUACUACUUCAGAAAUUAGUACGGAAUCCAGUACAGAUUCUACCACUUCUGAGCUUACUACCGAAUCGAGCACUGAUUCUACUACGUCUGAAAUUAGUACCGAAUCUAGUACAGAUUCUACUACUUCUGAAAUUAGUACCGAAUCCACUACAGAUUCUACUACUUCAGAAAUUAGUACCGAAUCUAGUACAGAUUCAACUCCAUCUGAAAUUAGUACCGAAUCCACUACAGAUUCUACCACUUCUGAAAUGACUACUGAUUCGAGCACCGAUUCAACAACAACUGCUACCAGCACGGAUUCGAGUAUUCCGCCCACAACAACUGAACCAUCUACCAGUACUCCAACUACAGUACCUUCGGAAAUAGAUCCUAACGUCUAUUGUGCAAAGCUGAAGACCAAAGGAUACUUUCGAGUUGAGACUGAUGCAACGUGCCAAAUGUAUGUCUAUUGCUAUAAAUUGAGUCUGGAUUACCUGGGUUGGCUUUAUUAUUGCAAUACCAAUGAAUACUACAACUCAGAUACAGAGGCCUGCCAAUCCACACGACCGAGCAACUGCUAGGUUUCAACGAUUAAAGGAAACUCCAUGAAAAUUUCUAUG